UCUGUGGAGUCGCUGCUGUGACCUGCUGCAGUUUAGUCAACGAAAUAUUGUAGCUGGAUAAAAAUCGUAUCGGGGGAUAAUAUGACGCCAGUUUGACAUUUCAGACUCAUACGUCCUCACGGAGGCCGCGCACAGUGUGACCUAGCAGAGGUCAUCAUGGAUUAGCAGUAGUUGAAUGGCUUUCUUCAGACAGUGUGACUGACAGCAAGAACUGGGACAAGGGACUUUGGUGCUAGUAACGUUAGCUAGCGAGGCAACUUAGCUAGACGUUUUGAAUCAGCUUUACCGCUGCGACAGGUAUUAUGCAAAUUCUUGGCAAGUUCUUCUGUGUGUGUCGCUUCAUGUGUUGUCUCCCUCUGGCCGUCAGCUCACUUUAUAUAGCUGUGUUUUCCUAGUUGUUGUCUGGCGUUGGCGUUAGCCGUCAGCUGUCGUUGGCUGCUGCUGCUGCUAGCUAAUGUGUAGCUAUAGUUAUUGCCUCCCAGUGGUGGAAAAAGUAUUCAGAUCUUUUAACGAUUCCUUGAGCAGUUUGAGGUCCUUGAGAGACUCUCAGGGCAGCAUGGCUCCCAAAGACAUCAUGACCAAUUCCCAUGCCAAAUCCAUCCUCAAUGCUAUGAAUUCACUUCGCAAGAGCAACACACUCUGCGACAUCACUCUGAGGGUGGAGAACACAGAUUUUCCAGCUCACCGGAUUGUCUUGGCUGCCUGCAGUGACUACUUUUGUGCCAUGUUCACCAGUGAGCUUGCAGAAAAGGGGAAAUCUUUUGUCGACAUUCAGGGGCUCACUGCAUCAACUAUGGAGAUCUUGUUGGACUUUGUCUAUACAGAGACCGUGCUUGUCACAGUGGAGAAUGUACAAGAGCUGCUUCCUGCAGCCUGUUUGCUGCAGCUUAAAGGGGUGAAAAGAGCGUGUUGCGAUUUUUUGGAGAGUCAGCUCGAUCCCUCCAACUGUCUGGGUAUUCGUGACUUUGCCGAAACUCACAACUGCCUUGACCUGAUGCAGGCCGCCGAGCUCUUUUCCCAGAAGCAUUUCUCCGAGGUGGUUCAGCAUGAGGAGUUCAUGCUGCUGAGCCAGACGGAAGUUGAAAAACUAAUAAAAUGUGAUGAAAUCCAGGUGGACUCUGAGGAACCUGUAUUUGAAGCCGUGCUAAACUGGGUCAAACACAACCGAAAAGAGCGAGAGCCGUACUUGCCAGACAUGCUCGAGUUUGUUCGAAUGCCUCUUCUUACUCCCCGGUACAUUACAGAUGUCAUUGAUGCUGAGCCUCUCAUUCGGUGUAGCCUGCCAUGUCGAGACCUCGUUGAUGAGGCCAAGAAAUUCCACUUAAGACCUGAGCUGAGAAGUGAGAUGCAGGGGCCGCGCACACAAGCCAGAUUAGGUGCCAAAGAAGUCCUACUGGUAAUAGGUGGGUUUGGCAGCCAGCAGUCACCAAUAGACAUAGUUGAGAAAUAUGAUCCUAAAACACAAGAAUGGAGCUUUUUACCUAAUAUCGCACGGAAAAGGCGUUAUGUGGCCACGGUUUCUCUCCACGAUCGAGUUUACGUGAUUGGAGGCUACGACGGCCGGUCGAGGCUCAGCUCUGUGGAGUGCCUGGACUACACUGCGGACGAGGACGGUGUUUGGUACACCGUCGCCACCAUGAAUGUGCGUCGUGGCCUUGCUGGAGCCACAACACUCGGAGACAUGAUCUAUGUUGCCGGUGGCUUCGAUGGCAGCCGACGUCAUACCAGUAUGGAGCGAUAUGAUCCCAACAUCGACCAGUGGAGCAUGCUGGGAGACAUGCAGACAGCUAGAGAAGGAGCUGGUCUGGUGGUGGCCAGUGGACUCAUAUACUGUCUAGGUGGAUACGAUGGUCUAAAUAUCUUGAAUUCAGUGGAGCGGUAUGACCCUCACACAGGCCACUGGACCAGUGUCACGCCCAUGGCCACCAAGCGGUCAGGGGCUGGUGUGGCUCUGCUCAACGACCACAUUUACGUUGUGGGAGGUUUUGAUGGCGUUUCACACCUUGACUCCGUUGAGGUCUACAACAUCAGAACAGACUAUUGGACCACUGUAGCCAGUAUGACGACUCCUCGAUGCUACGUAGGAGCAACCGUUCUCCGAGGACGACUUUACGCCAUCGCCGGAUACGACGGGAACUCUCUUCUCAGCAGUAUCGAAUGUUACGACCCAGUUAUCGACUCCUGGGAGGUCGUCACGUCGAUGGCGACCCAGCGGUGUGAUGCAGGCGUCUGUGUUCUCCGAGAAAAGUGAUUUUUUUUUUUUAAAUUUUGCCAAGAACAAGAACCACAAGAGGAAAAGCAGGCGGGAGGACGGGCAGCUAGACUUUGCUAUAAUGCCACUAAAACAGAGCCACAAAGGGAGAUGUUUGGUCGCCAGUAUGCAAAUAGGUACUCUGAAAAAAGAAAAAAACAAAUGAAGUGCAGCCGUUUGUGCUGCCUCCUCUGAAGGAUGGUUUAACCUUCACCACUCAGACUGUGCAACAGAGAUUCAGCUUCGCCGUGGUAGACUUCACCUCAAAAGAGGCCUCCAAGGAGCCCAUCACCACUUGCAUGACUCUCUUCGGUGGUACUUGUGUCUGUCGUUACCUGUGAGAUUAUUUUUUCAGUUUGUCUUCAAAGUGCAAUAUAUUUCUACUCAUCAUAAGAAGACGAUGGAGCAGAUUUAGACUCCAGCUGCUGCUAUAUGCCUUAUGACUUUGGCCAGUGAACAUCCAUGUUGCCUCCCAUUUGACUUUGAUGAUAGUUCCACUACAUAAGCUUAUUAUCAAGUGAGCUCCUUUGGCAUUUGCAAGGUCAUUAAUGGGUCAAUAAUUUAGCCCUUUUUUUGUAAUUCUUCCUGUAAACAGUGCUUUUAGAUUGAAUUCACUUUAUUACAAAAGAUUUAAUACUUACUGUUUCUCUCAGAAGAUAUAUUUAGAAAUGAAUAUUGUUAUAGAACAUGACUGAAUUGUACUGGUUAUUCUUCAUUAUUUUGUCCCUCAGUUUGGCAAAAUGGAAUAAACAAAUAAGCGAGGUGCAUGCGUAUAGCUCUAUCUGGUCAUGUACAUGUAGGAUACAAAGUCCGAACAUCACUGUUGCCUGGGAAGUAAAUAAACAAAAAAUAAAUACAUAAAUAAACACGCUGGGAACCGACGCAUUUGUAAAAAAAAAUCUGUGGUACAUCUAAACACCUGUUAAGUGAUGCAGAGAGACAAAACGCUGCAUAGUCACUUCGCACGUCGUCAGCUGAGUCAGUGGCAUCUCUGGUGAGAAAAGUCAUCGAUCACAUCCUCAGAGAAAACACGAAGAACCAUCCCAACACUCGAAGCAGUUGGACAUCACCGAACUCUGGAUUCAUCAGUGUUAUGACUGUACAACUUAAUUUGUCCAUUUAUCAUGAAGAAACAGUAAAAACUAAAUGUCUGCAUGGUGCCAAUUUGUUGAUUUCACCUCCAGUCUCCACAUAUGUUUCUCCUGUCACACCACAGACUUUAUGUAAAAGAAGGAUGUAGUAUUUGGGUCUGAAAGGUGGAUGAAGUGCCUUAAACUGGCAUUCUGUCUGACAGCCAGCAGGGGGCAACUCCUCUGACUGGAAAGUGAAAGAUUGUCCAGAAUGGCCCCAAUUCUUUCUUAAUUUGUUACCUAAUAAACAUUUUCUUAAUGA